UCAAGUUUCAGGCCGUAUAACAUCAAUGACAAGAUCUCUUGGUGGCAUCUCUUUUGCUCUUACAUUACUACUUUACUCAUCAGUUCAAGCGACAACAUCAAUUUCUCAUGUUUACAUUGUCUAUUUAGGCGCUAACCGGCUACAAAACGCUGCUUUAGCUUCAAGCCACCAUCUUCAUCUUCUUUCAAAAGUCUUUACAAGCAAAGAAGAUGCAGGACGAUCCAUGCUGUACAGUUACACCUACGGCUUCUCAGGCUUCUCUGCCAAACUCAACUCAACACAAGCUGCUUCUUUAGCAAGUAAAUACUUCCAUUUUUAUAUUAUGGCGGCAAAAUUAUACCGACCGUUAAAGAACUCGGUUUAGUUUUGGUUAUCCUUGGCCAAAAUAACAAUAUUAUUGUUUCAGUGAAACCAGUAAGAUAAUUCGGUUUAGUUUUGCUAAAUUGCUAAUCAGCUAUCAUAAAACCGGUUUGUAAAUUGACUUUAUUACAAAACAAAACCGGUUAAGCUUAACCGGGAAGUUAUUAUA